GACAAAAUAGUAAAUAGUGGUUAUGUUAUAUAUUUUUUGCAUUAUACUGUCUACUUCUUUAUAUCAUGCUUUGGAAGUCAAUUGUUUAGAUUCCCCAAUUGUAACGGAAAGUGGAUCUGUGAUGUCGAAACAUAAGUCACUAUUUUAUAUUAUUCAAAAUACAAGUGAAGCACCAAAUUUAAAGUCCAAUAUUUUUGACAAAAUGUUGUCUAACGAAAUGUUAUCUAUAAAGCAGCAGAUUUACGAAAAGAGUGAAACCAACCUCUCACCAGUAUACAUUACUUUUAAAAACAGUAUAGCUACACCAACGCUGGAGUUGAAACAGCUAUGGCCUUUAGAACAAUUUAAUACUCAGCCAGAGACUAAACACGAAAACGAAGAUAUCAACAAAAAAACACAAUUGUAUACUGAUAAUGAUAGCAGUAAAUUAAACAAUAGCUUAAAAAGCAAAGUUCUGGGAGUAAGAAGUUUUUCUGAGCUUCCUGUUAAGCAUUUAGAAACCUCAAAUAAUAAUCAAUAUGCUCAACGUCAGUGUUCUUGUAUGAAUACGAAUUCCCAUACAACAUGCAGCUUUCGAUGCUCCGAACAUAGAAAGAAAACGUGUACUCAAAUCAAAAACUUUGUUACUGAAUAUCCUCAAUGUACAAAAAACAUAAUACCAUUUUCUUACUAUCCAUACUAUGUGUAUUCAACAUUGUUUUUGGGAGUUACAACAGAUUCUUCAGUAAUUUAUUAUCAUCCUGCUGUAAUUAACGAACUAAAACUACCAAAGCACAAAUAUUCGAAAAUUAGAAAACCGUCUGUUGAUAAUUUAUAUAAAGAAGAAAAUGACUAUAAAGAACAAAAUGAUUAUCAAUAUGAAAAUGAAUAUUUGGAAAACGAAAGUUCAGACGGAGAGAAUCAUGAGAAAACGAGCUACUCCAAUCAGAAAUAUGAGAAAACUAAAACUGACAGACCACAUAAAGAGGCAGAUAAAGUAAGGGACAGUUAUUUACAUGUUGUAGAUAAAGAUAAAUUCAUAGCAGACGUGGUGGAAGAUUUGAAAGUGUACUAUAGUGAUGCGGUUAUAAAAGAUUGCUACUGUUCACUAUCAUCUUUUACGUUCAGAACUGAAAGCUUCAUUGUUUUUAUACCAAUGUUAAUAAUAAUAUGUUGGCCCGGCACUUACUUAGUCGCAUCAUCACUUACCAGGCGUGAUUACAGUUAA